CGCUCCCCCCUCCCCGGCCGGGGAAGAGAAGUCAGGUACCGGGGCAGCGGCUCGGGCAUACCCGGCCGACCGCGGAAGAGAGCAGCUGAGCAGCCAUGGAGCAUCGCGGGCUGGGGUGGCCGAGGCUACCCAGGCUGCUGGAGCUGCUGGCGGCGCUGGCGGUGCAGGCAGUGCGCGCCUCCGCCGUCGCCGCCGCCUCGCCGGACCUGUGUCUUUGGCCCAUGCCUCUCUCCGUGCAGACCACCCCGCGCGUGCUGCACCUCUCUCCCGACAACUUCUUCUUCGGCCACAGCUCCACUUCCAAGGCCGGCCCCUCCUGCUCACUGCUGCAGGAGGCGUUUCGGCGAUAUUAUGACUAUAUUUUUGGUUUCUACAAGUGGCAUCAUGGCUCUGCUGAUCUUCGUGUUGGAGUGGAGUUGCAGCAACUUCAAGUCUCAGUUAUCCUGGACCCAGAGUGUGACACUUUCCCCAAGAUCUCUUCGGAUGAGUCCUAUACUUUACUUGUGAAAGGACCAGUGGCCUCGCUCACUGCCAACAGAGUUUGGGGAGUAUUACGAGGUUUAGAGACCUUUAGCCAGUUAAUUUAUCAAGAUUUUUAUGGGACUGAUGCCAUGGCUUUUAAUAAGUUUAAUGUUCUCCACUGGCACAUAGUAGAUGACCAGUCUUUCCCUUAUCAGAGCGUCACUUUUCCUGGAUUAAGCAAAAAAGGAAGCUAUUCUUCGUCUCAUGUUUAUACUCCAAACGAUGUCCGUAUGGUGAUUGAAUAUGCCCGAUUACGAGGGAUUCGGAUCCUGCCAGAAUUUGAUAGCCCUGGACAUACGCAAUCUUGGGGAGAAGGCCAGAAAGACCUCCUGACUCCAUGUUAUAAUGGAAAAGAGCCAUCUGGGGCUUUUGGACCUAUAAACCCUAUUUGGAAUACAACUUACAGCUUCCUGUCUAAAUUUUUCAAAGAAAUUAGUACCGUGUUUCCAGAUGAAUUCAUUCAUUUGGGAGGAGAUGAAGUAGAUUUUCAUUGUUGGGCAUCCAAUCCAGAAAUCCAGGAUUUCAUGAGGGACAAAGGCUUUGGCAGAAAUUUUAAGAAACUAGAGUCCUUCUAUAUGCAAGCGGUUCUGGAUAUGAUUUCAGCCAGAAACAAGAACUCCAUAGUCUGGCAAGAAGUUUUUGAUGAUGCAAGCAAGCUCAUGCCAGGCACAGUAAUUCAAGUGUGGAAAAUGGAGGACUAUACUCAGGAACAAAGUAAAGUUACAGAAGCUGGCUUCCCUGUGAUCCUUUCUGCUCCUUGGUACUUAGACUGGAUCAGUUAUGGACAAGACUGGAAACAAUACUAUGCCGUGGACCCUCUUAGUUUUGAGGGUUCUCAGGAACAGAAAAAACUUGUCAUUGGUGGAGAAGCUUGUCUAUGGGGAGAGUAUGUGGAUGCAACUAAUCUUACUCCAAGAUUAUGGCCUCGGGCAAGUGCGGUUGGUGAGAGACUCUGGAGUCACAAAGACGUCAGAAGCCUAGAGGAUGCCUACAGGAGACUAAAAAUUCACCGCUGCAGAAUGCUCAGACGAGGAAUAGCUGCAGAACCUGUCUUUACUGGAUAUUGUGACCACGAGGACAGAAUGUAAAAAUGAGCUGAAACAGAAGAAAAAUAGGGGAAAAUGCCCACAGUCAUCUGUACCACGAUCAGCUUGAUUUUAAAAAUCAUGUUUUUGAAUAAAAAUCAUGUUUUUGAAUAAAAUCUCUUUAUUGAUUGAA